UGUUCAGUUUGACUAUCCGAGCGCGCGUCUCCAGCACAAGUGCAGUGCUCCGAAUUUUGUCGCGGAGUGGGAGAGUAAAACCUUCUGAGUAAGUAAAAGGCCUGUCCAGAUAGGAAGGAGCUGCUUCCAUUUUCAAUAACAUUUAUAUAUGUGACCAUUACUGGCCCUGCUAACACAUACCAUGGAGAAAAGGACUGUAAAUGUCAAGGAAGAGGACUGUGAACAGGAGACCGCCCACCGUCCAAAGGAGAGUCUUUGCAUUAAGGAGGAGGACUGUGAGUGGGAAUGUGUCCACCCUAUAAAAGACGAUCCCUAUAUCAAGGAUGAGGAUUAUGAACUGGGGACACAGGACAUUAAACAAGACUAUGAUCAAAAGUCUGCCUGGUUUGACGUGCAGAUUGUCGACGGUGUCAAGGAAGAGGACCAUAAUGCAGAGUUCACGUGUCAAGACCAAGCAUCCCCUCAGGGCAGAUAUAGUUCUGUGAAGGUGAAGCAGGAAUCAUUAAUAUCUGAUGUGAAGAGGACUGAGGGAAUAUCUGGGAGAAUAGAAGAAGGUCACCUGUCCUCUCUGAGUCGUUUUGGAGAAAGUUCGCAACAAAGUGGCGACUUCUCCCCAUCUUCAUUUGCUCAAGCUCCGCUUCAGUGCAGACCAGAAGAACAUAUGACGCUAUCAGAACCUGAAACAGAGGGUUUAAUGCCAGUUUCUCUUCAGAGCAAUUCUCCAUCAGUUGUGAAUUUCAACAGGACGGCCAUUGUCAACACUCAUCCCCAGGUACAUGGUGCAAAUUCAGCAGUGUUGCAUAUGUGCCAAGAGUAUUAUAAUUGUGUCAAAUGUAAAUGUGAAAAUAAAGACAAUCAGUGGAGUCUCAAGACUCUGAAGCCACAUCCCUGUUCCAAUUGCAACAAACGAUUCUCACAAUUGAGCAGUCUUCAGAGACAUUUAAAAAUUAAUUUAUUUAGGAAGGAUUACCGUUGUCUUGAAUGUGGAGAAGAACUCUUAGGAAGUAGUAGUAUACACCAAUAUAAACAAACUUGCAUUGGGGAUAGAUCAUAUUGUUCUUUUGAAAGUGGCAAACAAUUCUCUGAGAGCAGAGGUGUUGGGAACCAUGAAAGAAUUCACACUUGUGAGAAACCCUAUUUCUGUCCAGAAUGUGGCAAGCAAUUCUCCAAUUGUAGUACUCUAAAAGUUCACAGCAGAAUUCACAGUGGAGAAAAACCCUAUUGUUGCUCAGAAUGUGGCAAGAAAUUCUCAGAGGGUAGAAUACUUCGGCAACAUGAAAGAGUUCACAGUGGAGAGAAGCCAUAUUUCUGUUCUGAAUGUGGCAAACGAUUCUCUCAACCCAGUCAUCUUUACCAACACUCAAGAAUUCAUUCAGGAGAGAAGCCCCAUUGUUGUUUGGAAUGUGGCAAACAAUUCUUGCACUUACGCCAUCUUCAGAAGCACACAAUAAUUCACACUGGGAAAAAGCCAUAUUGCUGUUCUGAUUGUGGAAAACAAUUCUGGCAAGUACUCAGUCUUCAGACCCACCGACGAAUUCAUACUGGGGAAAAGCUGUUUUGCUGUUCGGACUGCGGGAAGCAGUUCUUACACAGUCACAGCCUUCAGAUCCAUACCAGGAGUCACACUGGAGAGAAGCCAUAUUGCUGUUCUGAAUGUGAUAAAACUUUUUCACGAAUGGACAGUCUUCACAGACAUAAAAGAACUCACACUGGGGAGAAGCCAUAUUGCUGUUCUGAUUGUGGUAAACGAUUCUCACAAAUGGGCAGCUUGCAACUACAUAGGAGAGUUCACACAGGAGAGAAACCAUACUGUUGCUCUGAUUGUGGCAAACGAUUCUCGCAAGUGGGCAGUCUUCAGUUACACAAGAGAAAUCACACUGGAGAGAAGCCGUAUAGUUGUUCUGACUGUGGCAAACGAUUCCCUGUGUUAGGUAGUCUUCAGCAACACAAGAGAGUUCACACAGGAGAAAAGCCCUACAGCUGUUCUGAAUGUGCUGAACAAUUCUCUCUAAAGUACCUACUGGAGAGGCACAAAAGAAUUCAUAAAGGGGAGAAACCUUACUGCUGCUCUGACUGUGGCAAACAAUUCCUCGACAAGGGCAGUCUUCAGAUCCACACAAGAACUCACACUGGAGAGAAGCCGUAUUGCUGUACAGAAUGUGGCAAGCGAUUCACAAACAACAGCAGUCUUUGGAGACACACAAGAAUUCACACUGGAGAGAAACCAUAUGGCUGUACAGAAUGUGGCAAACGAUUCUUAAUCAAGAGCAGUCUUUGGAGACAUGCACAAACUCACAGGAGAUAGAUGUUAUGUGACAGCUGUGCAAUGGAGAAACAAAAAAAGAAUAUGCUUCAAAUGUAUUGUCUUGAUAUGUAAGUGAAAUUUUGGCAAAUAUCUUAGGAUCUACAGGCAUUCUGUCAAGAAACUUUUAGGCCCGUUACCAAUUUUAACCUCCUGUGAGCCUUAGAGAGAGACAUCAUUAGGAUGAUGCAAAUGCUGUGUUGAGCCAAAGCAACAAUUUAAGCAAAAAAAAAAAAAAAAAGAAAGCAUUGCAAUAAAUGACUAAUGAAUGAUUAUCUCUAUCAUGGCAGACCAUAAACAAACUCACAGGGGUGACUAACCCCCAUAAGAAAGAAUACUGCUGGUCUCAACGUGUCAGAUGAUUUUUCAGCAGUACAAACCACACAAUAAUUCACACUAGAGAGAGGUGGUAUUACUAUCCUAACUAUGGCAAACAAUUCUCUAACAAGGAACAUAUUCAGAAUUGCUUCAGAACAGAUGUCCUAGGGCCAAAUUUUUAGAGAGCAAAUAGUUUUCUUUGUGUCAAGUCCUGCUGUAACAAAGACCCACACCCUAACACAUACACACAGACAAUUCAACAGACACACUCGGGGUCGGCUUAACAACCAUUACAGGUCCUGGGACCCCUACCUACACAACCACUCAGCAAGUCACAACAUACAUAGAUUAGCAUGGGGCUGCUAUGCUCGUUGGGCCCCCAGGAAACUGCCCAGCAUGUCCAUGCAUUUAGACGGCCCUGGAUACACUCCUUCAUUUUAUCAUUCCUUAGAACAGUUUUGAUAAGUAUAGGCCAAUCAGCCCAUCAAAGCUUACCAAUCCUAUCCACCUAAUUUCUCUAAGAUAACAUCAAAUCAGCACUCUCAUCACACAUCAAGUUUAUCCAAGAUUUCAAAAUAAUGUUUAUAAAGAGUGAUAAACUCAGCAUGGACUGCCUUGUUUAUCACACCAUGUACAAAAUGUAUUCAAUGACAUAUUGUGCUCAGUAAAUGAAACAUAAAUACUUUGUCAAGUCAAUGUCUAAAAAUCAAAAGCCCAAACAGUAUAACAGUUCCAUGUAAAUUGGUGAAUACGAAGACAGUUCAGGAUAUUUUCACGUGCACAAACUCUUUUGUAAUAAUAUACUUUGCCGACAAUCACUUUGUUAGGUUUGUGAUAUUUGCUGUUGUGAUAUUUAUGCCUGUGUUAGUAUAUGGGGAAGACAUUAGCUGGUUAAUUAUUUUAAUAAAAGUAAUGUUUAAUGGACACAAAGUAACUAACUCAUAUUGUCUAAAAAGACACAAAUUACUGAUAUUUUAAUGUUCCAAAACUCUUUCUCCCUUUUCUAUUUUUAAAUGUGGUCCAACUUUAAGGCUACUUCUGUGAAAAAGUUUUAAUGGAAAGUUCAUCCAUUACUUCUGAAUAGUAGUAAAAUGGUCUUUAUUGUUGUAUUUUUGUGGAGUUACACUGUGCUUUAUUUGUAUAUUCACCUACGUGAUAUACUGUAGCUCUAGUUAGCUAUGAUGGGUGAGAAUAUAGAUAUAUCUGCUUUAUAGUGAACAGCUGCAAGGUGUUCUAGCCUGGUAUGAGCAGACUAAACAGUUAUCUGUACACCUUGGCAUCAAAGCAGGUGCCCACUCACUAUGCUGUUUCUUUUUGAAGGUGUUCCUUCUCCACCACUAACCUCUGUGGGGAUAUAACGGUCACCCACACUAGGUGUUCUUAAAUACCUUGAUCCAACCAAGCAAUAUAAACUUGCUACUACAAUAAAACCAACAGUAGGACAUGUGUUUACAAAGGGUCUUAUUGCAAGAUGUGUGUGUAUGGGUACAGAUAAUAAUGAUGAUAAGUCUGAGUGUGUAGCUGCUUAAGCGUUUCUUCAGUCCACGUGGACUGUUAACAGUGUCUGCCACUUUCAUUGGGAAAGCAGACAUCUAGUCUGAGUGAUGAUGAACAUCUGUGUUUUUCUGUGCAGCAUGCAUCCCUAACAUGAAUGCCUCUCUUCAUGUGGAGUUAACAACGAUUACACCAAACAUCAACCAUCUUCAAAUGACUGGUCACAUUUAUAUCGCAAAACUGUAUCCUUUAUCCCUAUGAUGCUACCUCUACUAAUCUUUUUCACCCCAUAAUUAAGGUGUUUUUUUGCACACUCCAGAAGUAAUAACCGAUGCGCAGUGUGAAUUGUCGGGACCUUAUAUACACAGGUAUGUGCUUUUUAAAAUGCUCUCCAGUCAAUUGAGUUUACCACAGGUGGACUCCAGUCGAGUUCUAGACGCAUGACGAGAACAACUUCAGCAAACAGGACGCACCUGACCUCAGUUUACAUGGAGUGCCAUCGCAAAGUGUCUGAAUACUUACAGGAAUGAGAGAUUGCAGGUUUUGAUUUUUAAUAAAUUUGGAGAUUUCUCUGAAAACAUGCUUUCACUUUCUCAUUAGCGGUUAUUGAAUGUGUAGGUCAAACAUGGAAAGGUUAUCAAUUUAAAACGAAAUCUGGAACAUAAUAAAGUGUGCAGAAAUUGAUGGGGUCUGAAUACUUUUAUUAAUCCACCGUAUAUUGAAUUUAUUGUGUUGGUGAAGGGAGACUAAACGUUUACUUGUGCGUGGCAUCGCCCCCCUUCGGUCUCACAUACGAGUAACUGCUGGCUUCAGUCACCAAAGGAG